AUCAAUGUGAAUUGAUGCAUAACAAGUGUAUGUUGUGAUGAAAACAACUGCAGGUGCUCACACUAUCGGAUUUUCGCGCUGCACCAGCUUCCGCCAGCGUCUGUACAACCAGUCGGGCAACGGUUUAGCCGACAGCACGCUGGACGAGUCGUACGCCAUGCAGCUCCGGUGGGGCUGCCCGCGAUCGGGCAGCGACGACAACCUCUUCCCGCUCGACUACGUCAGCCCCGCACAGUUCGACAACUACUAUUACAAGAACAUUUUGGUCGGCAAGGGCCUGCUGAACUCAGACCAAAUUUUGUUCACGAAAAGCGCGACUACGAGGCAGCUGGUGGAGCUGUACGCCGCGAACAUCGGCAUAUUCUACGAUCACUUCGCCAAGUCGAUGAUCAAGAUGGGGAAUAUCACGCCGUUGACGGGAUUGGAGGGCGAGGUCCGGACCAAUUGCAGGAGGAUCAACUCUUCUUAGGUGUUUAAGUGUGGAGAUUUGAUCAGUUUGAUUAAGUUGAUUAUUUGCUUUUAUAAUUUUCCCCAAGUGCUUAUUUUUUCUUUUCCACCCGCAAGUGUUAUGUGUAUCACUUUUGUUGUUGUCGUCGUGGUCGUGGUCGUCGUUGUUAUUGUUAGUCUAUCUGAUUACAAUAAAAGAGAAUGUAUUUUUUAAAUUAUAUAUGAAAAUGGCCCAAUUGCACUA